CUCAAUUCAUUGUCCCGAAAUCCUGGAAAGGGAUUCACCGGACAGUUCUUCUCCUGUCUGAAACCUUAUUUAAAAAAACGUAUUUUGUUCUUUUGUUCCGUCUGAUUUCCUUAAUCAUGAACCAGUAGUCUGCGCGUGGAUUUGCACCGGCUUUGACUGAGCGACACCUGCUCUCUCACACACUCUCUCUGUCUUUUGUCUCUGACAUCUCUGCAGCUCACAGCCAGCAGUGCUGAAGAGGAGGAGGAGGAAGAGGAGGUGGUGGAGGAGGAGUAGCGGGGUGUACCUGACACCUACAGCCGCGCGUACAGCUCUCUUCCCCGCAGAAACACCCAGGACCUGCCCGCCACGGUGCCUUCUUCUCCAGCCAGGUUGUGCGUGAGUAACCGGAGCUCAGUGCAGUUUUACAGGGAACACUGCUUCUCCUGACAGACUGAAAACUCUUUUAAAAAACGCAACACUGAAGAGAGCAACCUCUUUCUUCGGACCAGACAUCUUCAGGAUUUCAAGACAAUAACAGGACUAACAGUUGGGAAGAUGCGUGUCCCGGUGCUCCUCUGUGUGUUGCUGUGUGUGUCUGCAGCACCGGGCCCGGUGUCCGGGGCCGGGGCGGACAAAAGCUGCACCGACCUGCGGCAGUUCUACACCGGGAAAGGGUUCACUCUGGUGGAAGUGCCACAGACAGAGAUCUCUGGUGAACAUCUGAGGAUGUGCCCUCAGGGUCCGACUUGUUGUACCACCACCAUGGAGGAGAACCUGGCGGGUCUCAGCAGCAGAGAAACAGAGGGGCUGAUCAGAGAGGCCGGCAGGUCGCUGCAGUCCGCCUUCAAUGCUCUCCACAGGAGUUUUGACACCUACUUCACUGAGCUGCACGGCCGCUCUGAGCGCUCCCUGCAGGAGGUGCUGUCUCCUCUCGGCCCCCUGUACUCCCAGAACACGCGUCUCUACGCAGAGCUCUACACCAACCUGCGACAGUACUACAGGGGCUCCGCUCUCAACCUGGACGAGACCCUCACUGAGUUCUGGUCCCAACUCCUGGAGCGCACCUUUAAAAUCUCUGCUCCUACAGAUGUCACCCUGUCAGACGACUAUCUUGAAUGUGUUGCUAAGCAACAGGAGACGCUGCGGCCAUUUGGUGACGUCCCGCGGGACAUGAAGGCGAAGCUGAUCCGUGCUUUUGUCACAGCCAGGUCGUUUGUCCAGGGGCUGAUCAUCAGCGGAGAGGUGGUCAGGAAGGUCUCCCAGGUUCAUCUGAGUCCAGAGUGUACGAAGGCCCUGAUGAAGCUGGUGUACUGCCCCCACUGCCGCGGCACGGCCUCCCUCAAACCCUGCUCCAACUACUGCUCCAACGUCAUGAAGGGCUGCCUGGCCAACCAAGCUGACCUGGACCCGGAGUGGCAGAACCUUAUAGACACCAUGAUCCAGGUGGCCUCUAGCUUCAGCACGGAGCCAAGCCUCGAUGUGGUUCUCUCCUCUAUCCCUGCUCGAAUAUAUGAGGCUGUUCACUUCCUGCAGGAAAACCUGGACAAAUUCACAGACAAGGUGUACCAGACAUGUGGAAACCCAGGUGAACUAGGAACAGGAAGUCCCAGUGUUCAUGAGCAGAGGAAAAGGAGCAGCUCUCUGACCGCAUCCGAGUACAAACCCUCUCCAACCGCUGGGCUCAGACUGGAGAUGCAGGUGUCCGAUCUGUCCAGUAAGCUGAGGGAGAUGCGGCAGUACUGGAUCCAGCUCCCUGUGGCUCUCUGCAGCAAACUGGCAGCAGGGGGCGCCAAUAAGGAAAAAUGCUGGAACGGGGUUACUAAAGCCAGGUACCUUCCAGAGGUGAUGGGUGACGGCCUGGCCAAUCAGAUCAACAACCCUGAAGUGGAGCUGGACAUCACAAAGCCAGACAUGACUAUCCGGCAGCAGAUCAUGCAACUCAAAAUCAUGAGCAACAGGCUGAAAAACGCAAUGGAAGGCAACGACGUGGACUUCCAGGAUGCCAGUGAUGACAUCAGCGGCUCAGGAAGCGGGAUGUGUUCCAGUGUUCAGUGUCAUCGGAACAGAGCAUUAGACUACUCGCCAGACAUAACCCGAGCCAGGGGGGCCGCCACGUUUCAAACCCGCCUCUGUGGACUCCUACUCCUGCUCCCAUUGGCCAGCCUGCUGCUUCAGCGAUGAUGGACCGUCGCCUACUCCAGUCAGACUCUGAAGGGUAGAGGAGGGCGGAACCACGGGACGGACAAAAAGGGGCUUGGUGGGGAGGGGGGUGUUACGUAACUUUGCCAAAAAAAUGAAAUGAAAAAGACAUUUUGGGGAAUGAAUGGACAACAUUUUCUUUGACCGCGAGGAGCAAAAUUUGACAGUGACAAUUUUUCUUUAUUUCGUUUUGCUCAGUUAUUAUGUCUUAGAGUGUGAUUCAGUUUGUUGAGCUGGUUUCAAUGGAUUGUCGGAAGAAAAAGGAGACGAGGAAGACGAAAAGAAUGACUGCUGUUGAUGAUGAAGAUGAUGAUGGGGAUAUUGGUAAUGAUGUAUUGACACUCUAUCAGGUCCAUUUAGCUCCAGUUUCCAGUCAGCAGGCGGCAGAGCUCAAAAUAUGUUUUGCUCCGACAUGUGGUGCGAUCAACAAGGUUUUAGUUUUUUUUACUUCUACGCUUUUUAAGUUGAGUCAAGUUGUCUACCUUAACAAACAUUGUGUAAGUUGUAAAUGUUUGCAUACUUUAGCUAAAAGACUGGCACCAUAUUGAGCCAUGAAUGUACAGUAUAAUACUCUAUUGGCAAUGAAUCCCCCCAUUAUCUGUGAUGUAGUCGUCCGGAUGUUUUCAUGUGUGUUGGCAUAAACAGUCAGUAUGAUUUGUCUGAAAUACAAAUUAUCCCACUCCUGAGAUGUUGUGAUUGCAAGAGUUUACCUCACUUUUACUGUACAGAAAUUGAAAAUGACUCAUCUCCUAUGAAAAGAAAUAAGCAGUCUCUUCAAAGGAUGUAAACAAACACAGGACACCGUUUUCCUUAAGUCCUGUAAUGUUUUCCUUCAAUGAAAAUCUACACAGGAAACAUUUCAUGAUGCAGUAAUCCUACAGAGGACUCCUUGUUGAGAGCACACCAACAUAAGGUAACUGUAAAUGAAGUCUUAGAAGCAACACAUUGGUUCAAACCAAAGCACUUAUUACACUGAACACUUUUUUACAAAUGUCAACAUCGCCCCAAUUAUGUUGAACAUUUGUAACAACCAGUUUACCAGGUUUUGUGACUGCAUAUGUUGAUGGGAAACAAUUAUUACUAAGAAAACAUGUUUUGUACAUACAGAACAGGAUAUCUGCCGAAUAUUGACAACAUGUAUACAUUUGCCUGGUUAUACAUCAUUUACUCGGCAUGCCUUUUUCCAUUCUACAACACUUUACUGGUACAUACGAGACUCACACAAGUUUCAUGCACAUACACACUCUGGGGUUGUGUAAUAAUCUGUAUUUAAUCACUUUUCAUCCAUUAAACUCUGUUUGAUUAUA